AUGGCUUUGGUAAUGUCACUGGUGAAUUCUGGAAAUGAGGUCAUUCAUCUUUUGACAUCUCCACAUAGAACACAGUUUUAUAUUGGUAUUUCAAGUACGAAUGGCAGUUCCUGGUAUGAAAGAUUUGACAACAUGAAAGUAGCAUCCGAAGCUCAAAACUACACCAUUACUCUUGGAAAGGCGUCUGGAACUGCUGGCGACCUUAGUAAAGGUUACGCUGGAGGUAUGAAUGGUAUUUCGUUCUCGACAUAUGAUAGAGACAAUGAUAGAUGGGCGUUUAACUGUGCAGUAGAUUUCAGAGGAGGGUGGUGGUUCGAUGAAUGUGGAUUAGUGUUUCUAAAUGCUCCACGAGGAUUUGGAGGGGACCAGGUGUACCAGGGAGUUCUGAACAUGACAAUUUUCAACUCAUCAAUUCUCAUGAUAACACGAAUGUAG